UCCAUAGCUCUGAAUCCAGCCCGAGUGGCCUAUUAAUAGUCGAAGAAGCAGGUUAAAAUCCGUCUGAGGACAUGAACAUGUAUGCUGGACCCAACCCGGGAAUACCAGGCUGUCUGCCGGGAUUAGAGUACCUGACACAGGUGGAUCAGCUCCUCGUCAAACAGAAAGUGGAGCUUGUUGAAGCCCUCAUUGGGUUUGAAAGCAACAACAAGUACGAAGUUCGGAACGCCAUGGGUCAGAACGUGUUCUACGCCGUCGAGGAGAACGACUGUUUGAGUCGACAGUGCUGCGGACCCCUGCGGCCCUUCACCAUCCACAUUCUCGACAACUAUGGCCAAGAGGUCAUCACCAUCACCAGGCCGCUCAAGUGCAUGUCUUGCUUCUUCCCCUGCUGUUUACAAGAACUGGAGGUGCAGGCUCCCCCCGGGAACCCUGUUGGCUAUGUGAAACAGCAGUGGCACCCGUUGUCCCCUAAAUUUCUUGUUUCAAAUGAACACAAUGAGCCUGUACUGAAGAUCCACGGGCCCUUCUGCGGAUGGAGCUGCCUCCCAGAUGUUGACUUUGAGAUUGUUACAAUGGAUGAAGUCAGUAAGAUUGGGAAAAUCAGUAAACAGUGGACAGGGCUGCUGCGGGAGGCGUUCACAGACUCGGACAACUUCGGGAUCCAGUUUCCCAUGGAUCUGGAUGUGAGAAUGAAAGCUGUAAUGAUCGGAGCCUGUUUUCUUAUUGAUUUUAUGUUCUUUGAGAGCACCAACUAGAAGCCAAACAGGAUUUUUAUUUAAAGAUUCCUGGAAGAACAAGGCCGCAAAGCCAUGAUGAUCAGCCCCAAAUGCCGUAUUUAAACAACCUUCAUUGGAGAGUAUUACAAUGUACCCACAUUUUAUUGCAUUGCAUGAA